AUGCCCCUCCUGUCCCGACUGGACCCAGAAACGGCGCACCUUGCAGCCGUCUACGUAGCUGCUAAAGGAAUGGCACCUCGAGACCUCAAUAAAGACCCCCAGAUACUGGGAGUGCACAGUUUGGGUAAGAGGUUCAGCAACCCCAUAGGCCUGGCGGCUGGGUUUGACAAGCACGCAGAGGCCUACCGAGGUAUGCUUGGUAUGGGGUUUGGAUUUGUCGAGAUUGGGAGCGUGACCCCUGAGCCUCAGGAGGGAAACCAGCGACCACGCCUGUUCCGCCUCCCCGAAGACCACGCCGUCAUCAACAGGUACGGCUUUAACAGUCAUGGGCACAGUGUAGUCCGAUCAAGGCUGGAGAGCUGGCCUAGUCGGCGGGCAAAGUACCCUGGGAAACAGCUGGGAGUUAGUCUCGGGAAGAACAAGACGAGCCCUGUGGCAGAGGAGGACUAUGCCGAGGGGAUACGAUCCCUGGGGGAGUACGCAGACUACCUGGUGGUGAACGUGUCGUCUCCCAACACACCAGGACUGAGGUCCCUGCAGGCCAAGGAGCAACUCGCUCACUUGCUGGACUCCGUGAUUGCCGAGAGAGAUCAACUUCCAGAGGAGAGACGACCUCUGCUCCUGGUCAAGAUCUCCUCCUGACCUUACUUCUGCCGAGAGGGAAGACAUUGCAGCCUGUGUGUUGAGGCCACCCCCACACAGAAAUCCCCGACGGUCUCGUCAUCAGCAACACCACCACGACUCGACCGGCGAGUCUGAGGAGCCACCUAAGGAGUGAGAGAGGCGGUCUGAGUGGGGAGCCCGUACGAGAAAUAUCCACAGACACUAUUAGAGAAAUGUAUCGACUGACUGGAGGUAAUCUGCCAAUCGUUGGAGUGGGUGGAGUGAGAAGUGGUCGCGAUGCGUACGAUAAGCUGAGAGCCGGGGCCAGCCUUGUCCAGAUAUACACCUCUCUGGCUCUGGAAGGCCCUCCUGUUGUGACACGAAUCAAGAGGGAGCUAGCCCACAUACUCAGGUCUGAAGGUUACGACUCAGUCACUGCGGCAGUUGGUGCAGACCAUAGAGAUCACUCAAAUGAUGGACUCAAUAGAAAUUCUACCUAGCAAUUUGUAUGCACUGUAUUUUCCUACGAGUUUCUGUUCUGUGUGCUGUUGGAUUUUGACGAUCUUUGUCUGUCCAUGCACUCUCUGAACCCUGUCAUUUCGCUGGUGCACUUCCUCCAGUCACCUUUCUCGGCAUAGCAAUCCUGGAGGGUGUAGUGUUCCUUGGCACAGCCUGAGCGGUGGAUUGUAACAUUAAAGAAGUCCUCCUCCUCCUCCUCCUCUUCAUCUGUCCCUGUGUUGUGGUUGUUCUGCUCCAUUGCUCUUUUAUGCUAGAAAUACACAAGGUCCGAGCGAUUAUGUAUGACGUAAUGGCUAUCUUUGCUAAGUGUAAGUGUUUCCGUUGACAAACAGGAUGGCUAUUGCAGCAUCUUCCACCGAUGAAUGCCCAAAUGAAAGUAUUUACUCUCCUCUGCUCACCUGUGUAGCGUGGCGCGACA